CUGCUACAGUUCUCGGCAACAAUGUUCUAAUGAUAAAUGCAAUACAUUUCUAUCUUCAACGUUCUGAACUUUGCGCUCAUUGACCCUCUUGGCUAACUACGUGCAUUUCGUACUACUAAGGCCGACAAAAACGGCGCAGGAGCACGAUUUGAAGUUUUGUGCAUUCAUUUAGCUAGUUUUCACAGUCGGAUUAAUUUCCAGGAACACUGUGCUUCAUCUCACUCGUUUUGUGACUGGGUUGAGUUGUUUCGAUGGUUAUAUCGCUCGACGGUUGAGACUUCGCCGUGUUGUUUUUCAUCAAGCUCAAGAACAAUUGACUGCAUCACCAUUAUUUAUUUUUUGGGGGAAUCGUUUUAACUGACUUGAAUGUAUAUUACAACUGUCUCUGACAUCUAUUCCAUCCACGUGUUUGCCACCUCUGCGUUCUUCUAAUAGAGAUGUAUCGAUUGACGUUUUGUUCCAUUUGAUAGGUGUGUGUGUGUGUGAGUGUGCUAUGGUAACGUCUGGUGUGUGAGGCCUGCGUCAGGAGACCCCACUGCCUUGUUCAGCAUGUCUGAAUCCCAGACCCCAUCAUGGCCACGGGGCACAGAGUGUAUGGCCAAGUACAACUUCAAGGGCACCACAGAGCAGGACUUGCCCUUCAACAAAGGAGAUGUCUUGACCAUCAUCAUUGUCACUAAGGACCCCAACUGGUACAAAGCCAAGAACACAGCAGGUCGAGAAGGCACCAUCCCAGCUAACUACGUCCAGAAGAGGGAAGGGGUGAAGCAAGGGGGCAAGCUGAGUCUAAUGCCAUGGUUCCAUGGUAAGAUCACCAGGGAGCAGGCAGAGGGUCUCCUGAUCCCCCCAGAGACUGGCCUGUUCCUGGUCAGAGAGAGCACCAACUACCCCGGAGACUACACUCUGUGUGUCAGCUGUGACGGCAAGGUGGAGCACUACCGUAUAGUCUACAAGGAGGGUCAGCUCAGCAUCGACGAGGACGAGUUCUUCGAGAACCUCAUGCAGCUGGUGGAGCACUAUACCAAAGACGCAGAUGGUCUCUGCACCAAACUGAUCAAGCCGAAGCUGGAGGAGGGAACUGUGGCAGCCCAGGAUGAGUUCUCUAGGAGUGGCUGGGCUCUGAACAGGAAGGAGCUAAACAUUCAGCAGUCCAUAGGCAAGGGAGAGUUUGGAGAUGUGAAGGUGGGAGACUACAGAGGGACCAAAGUAGCUGUGAAGUGUAUCAAGCAUGACGCCACGGCACAGGCCUUCAUCGCAGAGGCCUCGGUUAUGACGCAGCUGAGACACAAUAACCUGGUUCAGUUGAUAGGUGUCAUCGUUGAGGAGACGGGAAGCCUGUUUAUUGUCAGCGAGUACAUGGCCAAGGGCAGUCUAGUGGACUACCUGCGCUCCAGAGGCCGGACAGUAAUCUUCGGGGACUGUCUACUCAAGUUCUCACUUGACGUGUGUGAGGCCAUGGAGUAUCUGGAGGCCAAUAACUUUGUCCACAGAGACCUGGCGGCGCGAAACGUUCUGGUGUCUGACGAAAACAUCGCUAAGGUCAGCGACUUUGGCCUGACCAAAGAGGCCUCAUCCAAUCAGGACACGGCCAAACUGCCCAUCAAGUGGACCUCACCAGAGGCUCUGAGGGAAAAGAAAUUCUCCACCAAGUCAGAUGUGUGGAGCUAUGGGAUCUUGCUGUGGGAGAUCUACUCCUUUGGCCGAGUGCCUUACCCCAGAAUUCCUCUGAAGGAGGUGGUACCACGCGUAGAGAAGGGCUACAAGAUGGACGCCCCGGACGGCUGUCCUGAGGUGGUGUAUGAAGUCAUGAAGCAGUGCUGGACCCUGGACCCCCUGGUGCGACCCCGCUUCAGAGUCCUCCGGGAGAAACUGCAUCAUAUCCUAGCCAAGGAGCUCUACCUUUGAGAGGAUAGGAAUAGGAGGAAGGGGAGAGAGGACAAGGGUGGCUCUCCUUUCAUUGAGGAAGAGGGGGAGGUAGAGAAAUGAUGAGAGAGAGGACAGACAAGGGUGGCUCUCCUUUCAUUGAGGAAGAGGGGGAGAGAGAAAUGAUGAGAGAGAGA